AUGGCUCCUAGAGCACUUCGCAAACUCCAGCGCGAGCAGGAGCUGCAGAGACAGGUCGCCGCGGCCAAGAAAGCAUACGAGGAAGCGGAGGAGUCAGAAGAAGAUGAAGAUGUUCCUGAAGUCUCCUCCACCCCUUCUCGACCAGCAAAUGCCUUCGAUAUGCUAGAAGCAGUUGAAGAUGAAGACGAGUUAGACUCGAACGAUGUAGAGCCUUCCGCAAUUUCAGUCCCGGUUUCUUCCUCUCCACCCGACGAUGCCUUACAACCAAGCGAAGUGACUGCAGUCAAGCCGAAGGCCAAGAAGAAGAAGAAAUCCAAAAGUAAGAAGAAGGGCAAAGGCAGAGCAUCAGAGGUCGCUGAGGCCACGGAAGCCUCCGAAGACGAGAUUGAUCGAGCCUUGAAGGAGCUAGCAGUCAAAGAUGCCCACAGCCAAAGCACCGCUAAUGAGCCUCAGCAAACGCCUGACUGGGAGGCGGGAGCAACAAGGGUGCUCGCCAUCGAUACACAUAACCUGAAUCCUACGAACGAGAUGAAGAGUUUGUUUGGCAAUAUUGCUUUGGAGGGUCAGGAGUCCCGGUCCACAUCUCGCAACCAGCGGCGGCCACAGCCGAACCCACAAGGAGGUGUCGACCUAGCCACUGCUCUGACCGGAAGGUAUUGCGUUGCAAGUAAAGGCAAGGAGCUCGGAUCUCUUGCUUCGAGACGGAAUAUUUUUGUACAAGGCAAGGAAGAGUGGCCACUAGCAACCAGCGGGGGACUGAGCAUGGAACAUGUCCCUGAUCCAACGUCCUUCGAGAAACGGUACAACAUCAUGCACAAUCCGCUGUACCGAGAGACGCAGAUGCACUUCUUGAUGGCAGUGGAAUCGAUGGAUCCUCAGAAAAUGAUCGGGUUGCUGUCCAUGCAUCCUUACCACAUCGCCACGCUGCUCCAGGUCUCGGAAAUCGCCAAACACCAGGGCGACCAUGCCGUGGCUGGAGACUUGAUCGAGCGGGCACUGUACUCAUUCGGCAAGUCGGUGCACAGCUCUUUUCCGGCCUCCAUGAAGUCCGGCGUCGCCCGCGUUUCUUUUGAGAAACCGGCAAAUCGCGAACUGUAUCUGGCAAUAUGGCGGCACAUCAAAAACCUCGAGAUGAGAGGUGUAUGGCGAACAGCUUUUGAAUGGGCCAAGCUCCUCCUUCAACUCAACACAAAGACAGACCCGUAUGGGGUGACACUGAUGAUUGAUCAAUUGGCUCUCCGAGGUCGCCAACAUGCGAAGCUGAUUGAGCUCUGUUCGGACGACGGUUACGGCCCGUCGUGGGAUUUCUUGCCCAACAUCCAAAUCUCCCUAGCCAUAGCAUACCAACGAGCAGCCAGACCGCGGGACGCCAGAAGACAGCUUGCAGUUGCAAUGCACAAAUACCCUUACAUCCUGUCCGCCCUCGCCUCAGCGCUCGACAUCUCCCCACUUCCAAAAGCCUUGUGGGCCAAACUCCCUUCCACUGACGCCGAGAAGCUCUACACCCAGCUCUACGUCACGCGUGCUAAGGAUCUCUGGAACACCCCGGAGACAACCAGUCUCCUGGUCGAGGUCGCAGAAACACUGCCACACUACAGCGAUGCAAUUGCCGCCGCCGAUCCGGCGCCGAAACUGGAAAUCUCCCUCGAAGAGGCCAGGCACAUCAUGCUGCUCGAGAUCCCGUCUCUGAUCGCCCUCCUCCCACGUCGUUUCACGAGCAUGCCCACGUCCUCAUAUGACGUCCUUCCGCCACCAGACUCACUAUCGGACUUCGUCUUCCGCGCACCUUCGGGGGGCGGCGGACGCCAGGAGGGAACCAUGCAAACGAUCUUCAACGCUGCCGGCGCAACAGCUGGUGCAACAGGGGGCUUGUUGCAGCGCAUCAUGAACUGGUUCCAGGCUCCCGCAUCCGACGACGCUGACGGCGAAUCCGAAGGCCAAGCCGCUCUUCGGAGCUUGCAGGAACAGCUUGGUGGAGACGUGCCACCGGAGAUGAUUGAGCAGCUUCUGCAGAUCCACCUGGACGAGGCCACGGAUCAACAACAAGACAUGGCAGGCGGCUGGGACUAUUACGAAGAAACGAACAACAACAACGCGACCGACGAUCCCGACGAGGGGGAUGCCAGCGACACCGACAACAGCAUGCCCGACCUGGAGCCGAUCCCUGGCGAUGAGCAGGAUCCGGUGCAGCGUCGAAACCCUCGUGCGGCCACUGUCGAAGAGGAGGAUGGGUUUGAUGAAGAAGAUGCUCGCAACGUCCGGCCUUCCACUUCCACAAGUGGCGCGGUCCUUCGUCACGUCGAUUCUGACGAAGAAGAAACCGACGUUCCCGCUUCAUCUGCUGCUCGGCAUCAAGCGGCCACCGCUUCCGCGCCUUCCUCUUCUGCGACACCUGCCUCUGCUGCAACAGACUUUACCGACCCCCAGCGCCUACAACGCUGGUUGCUCACCACAGGACUGACGGACCUCCAAUCGAAACCCGACACGUUGGGCGCCUAUGUCUCGCACCUCGAGACUCUGCGCAAGCCGCAGCAGGACUGGGUUGUGAGCAUGGUGCGUCAGCGCGCCGGGCCGGAUCUCGAGGAUAAGGUCAGACGAGCGUUAAGCUGA